UACUUCUCCUGCGAUCUUGUGUAUCUCAGUUAUUGUACUAUGCAUUGGAAGCUGCCCGAUCUUCAACGAUUUCUGCAGAGUGUGUAUCCACAUGUGGGUCAGUGAGGUCAAGAGGUUGUGAUGUAAGGCCUAUAUGACACAACUAAAAUGGCAUUUUCUUUCUGUAGAUCGACAUGUGGACAGGCAAUGGUUUUCUUACGCUCACGACAACCCUCCUCUGCAGCAUCAAGAACUUUCUGUUCAAAGUCUAAGUUUCCAGAUAUUCCUGAAUAUUUGAUAAAGACAGGGAAAAGGAAGGUUGUGAGAGAAGCUACAGAGAUUGACACAGUCGAGCUGUUCCGGAAAGCCAUGAGGAAAGUCCCCCAGCAAGUGGUUGUUGUAACGUCGGCACAGUAUACACCUGACACUGGGGCGUGGCACAAACGAGGAGUCACCUGCAGCUCUUUUUCCAGCGUUUCCUUUGCACCUCCAAUCAUCUCAUUUUGUCUGCAUAAACACAGUCGAAUGCACGAGUUGCUGCAACAAUCAGAACAAUUUGCAGUUCAUGUAUUGGGACAAGACCAAAUUCGGCAUGCAAUCAAUUUCUCCACUACGGCCACGGAUGAUCUCUGUCAGUUUGACAAAGUUCCCCACUUCCAAGGAGAGGAGGGCCUGCCCAUUAUCCUGGGGUCUCUGGCGGUCCUGCUCUGCGGCACCCACUCGGUGCACACAGUGGGGGACCACCAUGUUUGGUAUGGCACAGUUCAUGGAGCCAGCGUCUCCGAGAGUCAGAUGGAUCCUCUACUCUACUUCACAAAGUCAUUCCGUUCAAUAAGUGAUGAGGUUUUCAUCAAGGCAUUCGAAGAUGCCACCCUCCCAUUCCAGGACUGGACACACGAAGCUCACCUGCGUAUGGCCUGGAACUACCUCCGAGAGUACGGCCAAGAUGGAGCCACACCCUACAUCAAAUUAGGAAUUCAGAAAUUCAAUGAGCAGAAUAAGUCAAAGUUAAAGGGGGGGUACCACGAGACACUCACCCUGUUCUACAUCCACGUUGUGUGGGAUGCGUUGCAGCGGUGUCCGGGGGAGGAGUUUGAGGCGUUCCUGCAGCAGAGUCAGCACCUGGUGGACAAGAACCUGCCCUUCCAGUACUACAACAAAGACACCCUCUUCAGGGAAGACGCCAGGCACAAGUUUGUCGCUCCGGAUAAGAAAUCUCUACCUUGACCACCGCGGGCUUCAGCAGCAAGGGGACCUGUCUGGGGCGCACAUUGGAUACACACCAUGGUCAACAAUGUGUGCUUAUGCACACACUGGUAGUGCUCAAGAUGUACCACAGCAAUACUAUUAGUCUUACAACUAAAAAGACAUAGAGAAAGACUCACAAGACUGUUGGAAAUACAGAUAUAUAUUUUUGCAAUCAAGGAUCAGAUGCUGCUGUGUUCGUCGUUGUCAUAAAACUGAAAGGAGCUUUUGGUCCUCAAGAACCUUCCCAGUUCUCACACACCUGAGUUCCAGUGAUACAGGUCGGCUGCAGUUACGCAGGUAGCAGGCGACCAUCACAAAUAGUUUGGACAACAACAGUGACUCAAGCAGGGUCCAGGUCCUACCUCUGUGUACCGGAUUGUGUACGGUAUUGUGUACACCGUGGACUACCUCCUGUAUGUUGAGGCAUUGUUGGUUCAGGGUAAUACCUGUUCAGGGGUCGAUCGUUUGUUAGUCUGGAGGGGGCCCAGAAUUUAAAAAUAAAAUAACAUGUUCCCCACAAAUAUUUUGUCCUCAGGUUUUGCAAAAAAUUUAUAAUUGUUCACUGGACUGGAGGUUGUUAUUGUUGUUGAGUCUUGAAACACAGUCUCAAACAACAUCCCCCCCCUCCCCCAAGAAUAUUAAAUGGUUGGCCCCUUUAACAGAAGGUGAUAUACACAUGAUAUGAUGUUAUGCUUAGUCAGCUGAAUAUUUUGUCUGAAUCUCACCUUUUACAAUUGUUUGGUAUAUUUGCUGUUUGUGAAUGCUUUGUGUUACAUAUUUGGGCAUUAGUGUGAAUGUGGCAGCACGGUGUUAUGACAUUUUACAUUGCUGGGUUUACUAUUUGACAUAUUUUGUGCACAGUUUCAAAACAAUACAAUUGGGGCAGUUAACAGCAACAAGCCCUCCAGUCUCAUUAAAAUCAGAUGUUGGUUCUCGCUACUGCUAAAGAAAGCUUUCUUUAGCGGUAGGGAGAACUAACAUCUGAUUUUCAUGAGAUUGCAAGCCCUCUGAUAUAUGUUAGUACACUCACGAAUGUUUAGAAUUUUGUCACUGUCUUGAAACAGGCCUGUCUCUGUUGUAGUCCGGAGCAGUGUUGGAAGCUGGUAGGUAAUAGUUGUUUACAAAUAGGUAUGAAAACUGCACUGGGCAAGUAGGUAGGUACAAGUCAGCUCGUAAAGGCCUUGAAUCUGCCUCUUGGUACGUCCAGAAACUGCCCCAUCCCAAAACAUCUCCAGCGAUCAAGCCUGUCGUGUACAUCCAGCCCUCUAGAAACUGUCCCAUCCCAAGACUUCUCGAGCGAUCAAGCCUGUCAUGUACAUCCAGCCUUCUAGAAACUGCCCCAUCCCAAAACAUCUCCAGUGAUCAAGCCUGUCGUGUACAUCCAGCCUUCUAGAAACUGUCCAAUCCCAAGACUUCUCGAGCGAUCAAGCCUGUCAUGUACAUCCAGCCCUCUAGAAACUGUCCCAUCCCAAGACUUCUCGAGCGAUCAAGCCUGUCGUGUACAUCCAGCCCUCUAGAAACUGUCCCAUCCCAAGACUUCUUGAGCGAUCAAGCCUGUUGUGUACAUCCAGCCCUCUAGAAACUGUCCCAUCCAAAGACUUCUCGAGCGAUCAAGCCUGUUGUGUACAUCCAGCCCUCUAGAAACUGUCCCAUCCCAAGACUUCUCGAGCGAUCAAGCCUGUUGUGUACAUCCAGCCCUCUAGAAACUGUCCCAUCCCAAGACUUCUUGAGCGAUCAAGCCUGUUCUGUACAUCCAGCCCUCUAGAAACUGUCCCAUCCCAAGACUUCUCGAGCGAUCAAGCCUGUUGUGUACAUCCAGCCCUCUAGAAACUGUCCCAUCCCAAGACUUCUCGAGCGAUCAAGCCUGUUGUGUACAUCCAGCCCUCUAGAAACUGUCCCAUCCCAAGACUUCUCGAGCGAUCAAGCCUGUUGUGUACAUCCAGCCCUCUAGAAACUGUCCCAUCCCAAAACUUAUCUAGCGAUCAAGCCUGUUGUGUACAUCCAGCCUUCUAGAAACUGUCCCAUCCCAAAACAUCUCCAGCGAUCAAGCCUGUCGUGUACAUCCAGCCUUCUAGAAACUGUCCCAUCCCAAGACUUCUUGAGCGAUCAAGCCUGUCGUGUACAUCCAGCCUUUUAGAAACUGUCCCAUCCCAAAACAUCUCCAGCGAUCAAGCCUGUCGUGUACAUCCAGCCUUCUAGAAACUGUCCCAUCCCAAGACUUCUCGAGCGAUCAAGCCUGUUGUGUACAUCCAGCCCUCUAGAAACUGUCCCAUCCCAAGACUUCUCGAGCGAUCAAGCCUGUCGUGUACAUCCAGCCCUCUAGAAACUGUCCCAUCCCAAGACUUCUCGAGCGAUCAAGCCUGUUGUGUACAUCCAGCCCUCUAGAAACUGUCCCAUCCCAAGACUUCUCGAGCGAUCAAGCCUGUCGUGUACAUCCAGCCCUCUAGAAACUGUCCCAUCCCAAGACUUCUUGAGCGAUCAAGCCUGUUGUGUACAUCCAGCCCUCUAGAAACUGUCCCAUCCAAAGACUUCUCGAGCGAUCAAGCCUGUUGUGUACAUCCAGCCCUCUAGAAACUGUCCCAUCCCAAGACUUCUCGAGCGAUCAAGCCUGUCGUGUACAUCCAGCCCUCUAGAAACUGUCCCAUCCCAAGACUUCUUGAGCGAUCAAGCCUGUUCUGUACAUCCAGCCCUCUAGAAACUGUCCCAUCCCAAGACUUCUCGAGCGAUCAAGCCUGUUGUGUACAUCCAGCCCUCUAGAAACUGUCCCAUCCCAAGACUUCUCGAGCGAUCAAGCCUGUUGUGUACAUCCAGCCCUCUAGAAACUGUCCCAUCCCAAGACUUCUCGAGCGAUCAAGCCUGUUGUG